AUUCCAGAACACAAAUUGUCAAUUGAGAAAUUUGUUUUCUUUUCGUACGUACAGCUGUCAAAAAAGCUGAAAAUGGUACAGCGACUUACAUUUAGGCGUAGGUUGUCCUACAACACCAAGUCCAACCAAAGGAGAAUAGUAAGGACUCCUGGUGGUCGCUUGGUAUACCAAUAUGUAAAAAAGCCCAAGAAGAUCCCGAGAUGUGGUCAGUGCAAAAGCAAGCUCAGAGGUAUCCAACCUGCCCGCCCAGCUGAACGCUCCAGGCUGUGCUACCGUAAAAAGACAGUCAAGCGCGUUUACGGGGGUGUCCUCUGCCACAAAUGUGUUAAGCAGCGCAUUGUACGCGCCUUCCUUAUUGAGGAACAGAAGAUUGUCAAAGUGCUUAAAGCGCAACAGGCCUCCUCUGGAAAAUCAGGAAAGAAAGCCACUAAAUGAAUUAGGGUUAAAUAAAAACUAAAAAAAAACCAUUGCCUUGUUUC